AUUUAAAAAAAGCGUAUUUCAAAAUGAGUGUCACUUAUGCAUCGCGCUAUGAAGCUGUAUUUUUAUGUACGCAUCCAAAAGGACCGAAAAUGUCUCAAUACGCUGCCGCCAAAUACAUGCAGAAAUCAAAAUCGUUCGUCCAAAAGUGGGUACAACGUUACUUUGAAACGAAAACGGUGGAUGAUUUGCCAGAACGCGGCACGGCACGAGUGUUUACUGGUAAAGACGUUAAAAGAAUUGUGAGUCUAUUUGAAAAGAAGAAGAAUAGCAUGUUGUCGCUGCGUCAAGGACAGGCGAUAUUAAAAAAAAAUGGUUUAAAAAUAUCGUGCGAAACCAUAAGACGUUAUCUUCGUCUUCAUGGCGUAAAGACGCAGCGCAAUAAAGAAGCCGAUACUAAUGGAAAAACACGUGAGAAUACGAUUCACUUGGGCAAAAGAAAGUAAGGAUUGAAGUAUAAAAAUAAUCUUCACGGACGAAACAUCUUUCGGCACGUUCUAUCGUCCUACGAUCCUGGUAUUCUGGAUCUACCACCAUCAAUAAACUUGUGUACCGUUAAACACACGAUAAAGGUGCACUGCUUCUCGGAGCAAGGAUUUGACUACCUUUACUUAUUUACAGACGAUUUGAACGCAAAAGAAAUGUUAAAAAUAUAUCAAAAGGCUUUGAUUUCAUCUGCCCAACGUUGGUUUCAAUUAAUAAAGAAGAUAACAAAGCAAGUUCUGCAAGAACUGGAAAGAGCAAAAUGAUAUCAUGACGCUGGACUGGCCGCCGCGAUCCGAUGCGAAUCCGAUUGAAAAUAUAUGGGCGUUUAUCAAGAGAAAAUUUUGUGGAAGACGAACGUUCACUUUAAAACAGUUGUCUGCCGAAAUUCGACGCAUUUGGAGGUCAUUGCCACACGAAUACGAUAUCAAUUUAGUGGAAAGUAUGCCUCGGAGAUGCCAGUCCAUUAUAGAUACCGGUGAUGACUCCAUUAUUAAUAUAAUUGCAUUUGAUUCACA